AAAAGUGAUGUUGGUGGUUGAGGUUAGAGAUGUGUUUUUGUUUUGGUUUUUUCGCUCAAAGCUUUUCAACGAUUUAGCGUCCUGUUUAGUUUGGAACCAAGUGUAGGUCAGUUUAAGUUGCAACAUGUGGCCGGUUUGCGAUUGUGCCCUUAUGUGUACAGCCUGCCAGUAGCGCGGCCAGGAAAAUGGACUCGGGGGCCCUGACAGUCCUAACUAAGAGCCAAAGAAUCGUUUUCGGGCUAGUCGUUCUCAUUCUAGUGGAUAUGAUUUCAGUGUCCUUAUCCAAGCUGACUAAGCAGAUCUACAAUGAGGAAACCUUGGAAAAGCCGUUCUUUUGCACCUACGUUAAAGCGUCGAUGUUCACCUGCUAUCUGCUUGGCUUUCUGUGCUGGCAUCCAUGGAGAGACGCUUUCUGCGCCCGGCCCAAUAAUUACGACUUCUUGGACUCGGAGCCGGAGGAGGAUCAUGCGGAUGAGGCAGUUAGUGGCAAGUUGAGCACCCCCAUCUUCGUGCCGGUUAAACUGGCCGAGCGGGACAGCCUGGACAAGAGCUCGGGCACUGAAAGCGACGAUUCCUCCUUAAGAUAUGUGCGCUUCAGCAAGGUGGCCGAGGUGCGCCAUUUAUCAGAGGUGGAGGCGGCUGAUGCCCUGCUAGCCAGGCUGUCUUAUCAGGCCUCAAUGCGAGCUGGAGAGAUUGCCAAGAGGGCCACUCUCAAGUUGCCCGUUGAACAAGUGGCGAAAAUAGCCCUGAUCUUUUGUCUGCUUUGGUUUGCUGCCAACUAUACCUAUCAGGUGUCCCUGCUAAAGACGCAGGCCGGAUUAGUGAACCUGCUGUCGUCCACAUCCAGCUUCUUCACGCUGUUGUUGGCUUCGAUUUACCCUUCAAGUACUGCGGAUAAGUUCACCAUCUCGAAACUGGCUGCAGUGAUUUUAAGCAUCCUGGGCGUGCUGUUGUUAAGUCUAUCCGACAUUAAGCAGGAGGCAAACAUUCCCACUGGAGCAGUCCUUGGAUUGGUCAGCGCAGUGUUUUAUGCAGCCUAUUUGGUGUUCCUCAAACGAACUGUGCCCAAUGGGAACAGAAUCGACAUUCCCAUGUUCUUUGGCUUCGUCGGGCUGUUUAACCUGCUGCUGAUGUGGCCGCUGUUUGUGUUUCUGCACAUCACGAAGAUCGAGACCUUUGAAUGGCCCAACCGGGAACAAUUGACGCUGCUGCUCCUAAAUGGGCUGCUAGGCACGGUUGUGUCUGAGGCCUUGUGGUUGUGGGGCUGUUUCCUUACGUCUUCGCUGAUGGCCACAGUCGCCACCAGCAUGGCGAUCCCCAUUGCCUUUGUGGCCGAUGCGAUACUGAAACACCUCGACUAUUCGCCGCUGUUCUACCUUGGGACGAUUUUUAUGAUUCUGGGGUUUCUACUGGUCACUGCCUACACGCAUUUCGAAAAAUGGGACCCAGUUGCCAGUGCGUUGCGAUGUGCCUAUGCGAAGGCUUGCAGGAGAACCAUGAGCUUACGUUCGGGAGCGAGCGGCGUCGCCUGCGAGCAAAGGGAGUCCUUGAUGACGUCGAACACCGACUCGGAUUAGGGCUAAUUUUGCAAUCUAGUCACUUUUCAUGUUCACGCUGGGGCCCUCAAGCCUACGGCUUGCCAAGUUCGGAGGAGUCGCACAUUUGAAGUGUUCGCCAACCCAUUAGCGCCCCAUACACGGGCAGAUUAUCCGUACAGUUCAGAUGCGUAGAGAUUUGAUUCGACAGAUCCAGAUCGGACGAAUUAAAUCUUUUGCUGUCCACUAAUUAACAUAUCAAGCACGAGUGCCGAUUCUUCCAGUCGGAUUGGAAGUAUCAAAUCCGUCCGUUAGUGGAGUGAAAUCUUACGUUUCAGACAGACUUGAGAUUUCAAAUGAACUGAAAGAUCUGGUCGUGGUAGAGGCAGAUUAGUUAAACUCAGUGUUUAAAAUGCGAAGCAAGAAACGAAUAGCUAUUGCUUGUGCUGGCAUCAUAGUGGGUUCAGAAAAUCUACGCAAAAAAGUGAGAAGAAAGUGGGUAUAGACUGGAAGGGCGUCGGCAGCCAUAGGCAAAAAAAUUAGAAAUCGAAUGCACGCUGGGAUUUUUUUUUAUCAACACGUUGUUAUUAAAACAGUUAAAUACAUAAUUAUAGAAAAUCAAACGAUGCAAACGGAACUAAUUAAAACCAACGUUAAAAAGGCAAAUUGAUCUACCACUUUCUUAGUGAAAUACUGCAAAUUCUGAGAAACACAUGUGUUCUGUGCACACUAAUCAUUAGGUACCCUUUAGUUAAACCCCGGCUGUUCUGGACAACCUAUUUGUUCGCUCAUACAGUUGUUCGUAAAACCUAUAUUUUUAAAUUUGAGCUUAUAUUAUUAAUGACUACUCUGAUUUACUUUUGUGACUUCAUAUCUGAAAUAUAUCGUAUUUAGCGUCGCCUCUAACAAAGAACAAACUAUUUCUACCACAAUUUUUGCAGUUAACAAUUGAAAA